AUGCGUUUCUCUUCUACACUCGCUACUGCAGCCACUGCACUAUUAUUCACAGCUUCCCAAGUUUCAGCUAUCGGUGAAUUGGCUUUCAACUUGGGUGUGCAAAACAACGACGGUUCUUGUAAGUCUACUUCCGAUUAUGAGAGCGAAUUGAAGGCCUUGAAGGGCUAUACUUCUACCGUCAAGGUUUACGCUUCUUCUGACUGUAACACUUUGGAAAACUUAGGUCCUGCUGCCGAAGCUGAAGGGUUUAGUGUUUUUGUUGGUGUUUGGCCAAAUGACGAUACCCAUUAUGCUGCUGAAAAGACUGCUUUACAAACAUAUUUGCCAAAGAUUAAGAAAUCCACUGUUGCUGGUUUCUUAGUUGGCUCUGAAGCUUUAUACCGUGACGAUUUGACCGCUUCGCAACUAUCGGAUAAGAUUAACGAUAUCCGUAGCUUUGUUGCUGACAUUUCUGAUUCCGAUGGAAGCUCUUACUCUGGUAAGCAAGUUGGUACCGUCGACUCCUGGAAUGUCUUGGUUGCUGGUUACAACUCCGCUGUUAUCGAAGCUUCCGAUUUUGUCAUGGCCAACGCUUUCUCCUACUGGCAAGGUCAGACCAUGCAAAAUGCCUCUUACUCUUUCUUUGAUGACAUCAUGCAAGCUUUACAAACUAUUCAAUCUACUAAGGGUUCUACUGAUAUCACUUUCUGGGUCGGUGAAACCGGCUGGCCAACCGAAGGUACCAACUUUGAAAGUUCUUACCCAUCUGUCGACAACGCCAAGCAAUUCUGGAAGGAAGGUAUUUGUUCUAUGAGAGCCUGGGGCAUUAACGUUAUUGUCUUUGAAGCCUUUGAUGAAGAUUGGAAGCCAAACACCUCCGGUACCUCUGAUGUCGAAAAACACUGGGGUGUUUUCACUUCAAGCGACAAUUUGAAAUACUCUUUGGACUGUGACUUUUCCUAA